GGCGCGGUGUCCCGGGGAGCUGAGCACCAGGAAGCUCGGGUGGAGGGAGAGUUUGGUGACUUAGCGAUCACAAAGGCGGAGCCCACCGAGUCCCAGGCGCUCCGGAGCUCGCUGGCUUCCCGGAGAAGGCUUGAUGAAGUAGCCCACUGUGGAAGAAUCUGCUCCUUACCUUGAAUAAAAAAUGGCUUUUCAUGUAGAAGGACUGGUAGCUAUCAUCCUGUUCUACCUCAUUAUAUUUCUGGUUGGAAUAUGGGCUGCAUGGAAAACCAAAAGCAGCGGCAAUGCAGAAGAGCGGAGCGAAGCCAUCAUAGUCGGGGGUCGAGAUAUUGGUUUAUUGGUCGGUGGCUUUACCAUGACAGCCACCUGGGUUGGAGGAGGUUACAUCAAUGGGACAGCUGAAGCAGUUUAUGGCCCAGGCUGUGGUCUUGCAUGGGCUCAGGCACCCAUAGGGUAUUCUCUGAGUCUGAUCUUAGGUGGUCUGUUCUUUGCAAAACCUAUGCGUUCCAAGGGAUAUGUGACCAUGCUAGACCCAUUUCAGCAGAUCUACGGAAAGCGCAUGGGUGGGCUGCUGUUCAUUCCUGCACUGAUGGGAGAGAUGUUCUGGGCUGCAGCAAUUUUCUCUGCAUUAGGGGCCACCAUCAGCGUGAUCAUUGAUGUGGAUGUGAAUGCGUCGGUCAUUGUCUCUGCCCUCAUUGCCAUCCUUUACACCCUAGUGGGCGGGCUCUACUCUGUGGCAUAUACUGAUGUUGUUCAACUGUUCUGCAUUUUUAUAGGCCUGUGGAUCAGUGUCCCCUUUGCCCUGUCACAUCCUGCAGUCACCGACAUCGGAUUCACCGCUGUGCAUGCCAAAUACCAGAGUCCCUGGCUGGGAAGCAUCGAACCGAUUGAAGUUUACACCUGGCUUGACAAUUUUCUGUUGUUGAUGCUGGGUGGAAUCCCAUGGCAAGCCUACUUCCAGAGGGUUCUCUCUUCAUCCUCAGCCACCUACGCCCAGGUGCUGUCCUUCCUGGCAGCUUUUGGGUGUCUGGUGAUGGCUCUCCCGUCCAUAUGCAUAGGAGCCAUUGGAGCCUCCACAGACUGGAACCAGACUGCCUAUGGAUUUCCAGAUCCCAAGGCCAAGGAGGAAGGAGACAUGAUUCUCCCGAUCGUACUACAGUACCUCUGCCCUGCGUACAUUUCCUUCUUUGGGCUUGGUGCUGUUUCAGCUGCUGUUAUGUCCUCAGCUGACUCUUCCAUCCUGUCAGCAAGUUCCAUGUUUGCUCGGAAUAUCUAUCAGCUGUCCUUCAGACAAAAUGCAUCAGACAAAGAAAUCGUGUGGGUCAUGAGGAUCACAGUGUUUGUGUUUGGAGCAUCUGCCACAGCCAUGGCCUUGCUGACAAAGACUGUGUAUGGGCUCUGGUACCUGAGUUCUGACCUAGUCUACAUCAUCAUCUUCCCACAGCUGCUCUGUGUACUCUUCAUCAAAGGGACCAACACUUACGGGGCUGUUGCAGGUUACAUCUUUGGACUUUUCCUGAGAAUUACUGGAGGAGAGCCAUAUCUAUACUUGCAGCCCCUAAUCUUCUACCCUGGUUAUUACAUGGACAAGAGUGGUAUAUACAACCAGAGAUUCCCCUUUAAGACUCUCUCCAUGGUUACCUCAUUCUUGACCAACAUUUGUGUUUCUUAUCUAGCCAAAUAUCUAUUUGAAAGUGGAACCUUGCCUCCGAAACUAGAUGUAUUUGAUGCCGUCGUUUCGAGGCACAGUGAAGAGAACAUGGACAAGACUAUUCUAGUCAGAAAUGAAAACAUCAAAUUAAAUGAACUCGCACCUGUGAAGCCUCGACAGAGUCUAACUCUCAGCUCAACUUUCACCAACAAAGAGGCUCUUCUUGAUGUUGAUUCCAGCCCAGAGGGAUCUGGGACUGAAGAUAACGUACAAUGACCCCACCUAAACUAUACAGAACAGAGCGUUGCUGUAGGAUGGUCUUGGAAAGAAGGUUUGGAACACAUCUAACAAACAUUAAAAUAUAAACAUUUGGGGGUGGAAGCUUUGCAGAAAUAAAAAGUUAUAAUGGACGAAUUCAGAAAAAAUAGCAAUUGCACAGAGAGAGGGAAUCAAGUGUGAAAACAAUGGCUUUAUUUCUCAUCGUGGCACUUUUACGUUUGAGUAACUUUGUUAGGGCAUAUAAAAAUGAAAAAAGUCCCAGCCAAAGAAAUGGCCAGAUAUUACGUAUCUCUAUUGUGGAAAGAGGAAAUAUAUAUUAGCGAGCCCUUGGAAAGCAGUCUGAAUGGUUCUGAUCAUCUCUGCUGGCUAAUGCACUGGACAUUAGGUUAAUUACUACAACACGUAUACUGUGUUUAUUCUCAGUCACUACUGUAAAUUAUUCAGUGAGUUUACCAGUUCACCUCUCCCCACGUAUAGAUUAGCCUGCUUUUCCAUCAUCUGAAUGUGGCAUUUGCUCAGUUUUCAAUGUGCAUUUUCUUAGCCUUUCCUGUUCUGCAUGGACAUGCUCUCCCUCUCUAUCCCUCCUUCCCUCUCUCCCUCUCUCUGCUCUUCCUCCAUUUUUUUCUUUUCCUUCUUUCCCCCACUCCUCCCUACCUCUCCGCUCUCUUUUCUCUUUCUUUCUUCAGAUUUUAUUUAUUUAUUUAUUUAUUAUUUAUCUAUUUAUUUGGUGGUGCUGGAGAUCUAUCACACGGUCUUGCACAUGUUAGAUAAGGGCGCAUCAGCCCCACAAUCUGUUGGUUUUUUUUUUUCUUCAGUGAUACCAUACAUUAUUCUAAGCACAAACAACACAAACAAAAAUUUAUGUAAUAGUGACAUUUUCAUGUGUAAGUGAUGGAAAAUAGGGCCCACAUUGGGAUGGAAAGAAAGCACUGAAUUCUUUGAGGAUGUCAACAAUUGCCAUACGCCCAAAGAAAGUAUCCGAAGCAAAGCAUGAACAGUUAUUGGACAGCAUUACAGCAAUAAGUUUAGAAGACGAUUAAGAAUGGGGGGAGAGGGAAAAAAGCAUAUUUCUAGCUCUGGUAUACGAAGUGGUGUUACCCCUUACAAAUAUAAUGCCUUGGCUUAUUUUCUAAGUCAGUAUUGGAGGCAAAGUUGAGCCAUAUAUUAAGAAAGGCCAUUGUCUAACCCCUGUUACAUUGUCUAAUCACCUGUGGUGAUUGCUGCAACAGCAUGUGUUCACUGUGUGUUUAUUACCAGCAGUUCCCAAACAACUCACCAAGGGACUGAAAAACAAACCACAUUCAUUUGUAGAAAUUCAUUAAUAGAAUAUAUUAAAAUUAAGGGUCAGUUCUGGGCCCACAAGUGUAUAUACUGAAUUCCAAAAUGUAAUAGAAAAUAAAAAGGUAAAACAAGUCCUGAAGAGAAAAAAGCCAUCAUUUUUAAUAUCUGGUUUGCACAUGACUUUCAAGAGGUCAGUGAUUAAAUGUAAUUUUGCUCCUGUCUGUAAUAUUCGACAUCAAGUACAAACCUUGUGCUCUGAGCCCUAGAAUUCUUUUCUACAGUUUGCAAUUGGAACUGUUUCAAAGCAUCAACAGGUGGACAUCCUUUGCUGAAAAACGUGGCUUAAAACCCCAGUGUGCUUUUCAGAAUGUAAAGUGAAAUGAUUUUACAUAUUGUAAUGUCCUAUGUCUCAUUGUUGUUUCAAAACUUGAGCCUCUUUAGUGAAUCAUGUAUGUACUUAAGGAACGGAUGAUUCCUUCAUCUACCAGGUUUUCUCAGAAUCAAUUUAUUAACAGUGGAGUGCUUGCAAGUAUGGAGUCUGAGAUUCUCAAAGAUGGGGUAAGAAAAGAGUCAAGGAAAGCACAGACAAAGAAAGAGAAAACUUGACAUGAAUAAGUAUUAACCACAGGGGUGCGUUUUGAGGAACAUGGUAUUUCAGACCCACCGGGUCUCCCAACAUGGACUGGAGUGAAUUUUGAGCAUCUCAGCAUCAUGUGUCUUCCCUUCACAUGGGCGUACUAUGUGCUUCCAUUGUGCACAUCAUGAAGCCUCACUCAUACUGCAGAGCCCACAGCAAAGCAUGCUCUUUUCACAGACAUUACAUUCUGUAGUAUUCUUACUCAACGAUUGUCCAAAUAACCUUAUUUAAUUAGAAGAAAAUAAUAUUAAUGGUAAUUAGGAGAGAAACAUUUGCCUCAUCCAAAAUAUUAAACCGAAAGAGCGUAAACUAAUAAACGGUGGAUUUUUGUUUUGGUUUUUGAAGCUGUAAUAUACACUGUCAAAACAGUUAUCAAAACUUGCAUACCCAUAAAAUUUGCUGAAGAUAAACAAGAUGAUAUUUAAGGUAUUAAAAUAUCAAAAGAAUGAGUGAAGAAUUCUAAGACAUUAGUCAUGUAUUCUGGCAUGAAUUCUCUCCGAUUUCCAAGCGAGGGAAGAAGCUUCAAGGUGCGAAGGUCUGCUCUGUUUUGGCAUUGAGACACCUGUAUGUUAUUCCAGACUCGUGUAGUGUACCUCAUUUUCAUGUCCAUCUUCAGUGAAAUCAAAAUAACACAGGUGUUUCCCUGUCACUUGGGAGGGAAGACCCUUGAAUAAUAUCAGAACAAAAGAGGAGUUUCACUCCCAUACUUUACUAAUGAUUGUAACACAUAUCUUAGGUAAAUUGCAUUCCUCCACAUGUUCAGAGCUUUGUAGCUGGAGUGAUAUGUCAACAAGCUGUUCAAAUGCUCAGUGCCAAAUCCAAUUUCAUUGCAACAAAUAAGUAAUGAAUUUUAUGUGAAUAUCAUAUGAAUGUAAGCUUGAAAUGAGUGAAUUUAAUAUACUGUGUAUAGAAAUUUUUAUUUGUAAAUAAUGAAUUAGCAUUAUAUUUUACACAUAAUUCAUUUUCCUUCUUAUCAUUCUACAAAAUUUACUCUUGUAUCAUAUAUAAUUUAUUAUAAGUUUGUCAUACUGUA